AUGAAGACGGACACGCCCAAUGACAAAUGCAGCCCAGCCCGCCGCUUGUCUGCAGCUCGCCAUCUGCCUGCCCUGCAUCGCUUCUCUGCUUCUAGAAUCAAUCUAGAAGAUUUGGAGACGAUCCUGAUCUUGAUCUCGAUUCACCAGUCCCUCUUUGGCUAUGGCGGCCAUGCGCCUCGCCCUCAUCAUCGCCCUUAUCUCCGGCUCAUUGUCGCUAGUCCCCUCUUUUUGCCCCUUGCCUGCGGCACCAAGAAGCUCACAAGCUGCAGCCAGGGCAGAGCAGAGCUGUCUCGAGGCCCGUCGCGAAACACCAUGGCGCGCUAUCUCGAGAGCAUGCGCCGUUGA